AUUAUCUUGUAAACGAUGGGUAGCACGGGACACUUGUCAAAUGGGAAAUUAAAUCUGAAUUUACUACGUGAUUACUAUCGCCGUGAACUUCUUGAAUGUCUGGACAAAUGUUUGGGAUCAAAGGCACUUGUUUGGGAUGAUGCGCUCACUGGACCUUUUGGAUUGAUUGCCGAAUACUCACUUUUAAAGGAACAUGAAGUUGAAAAGAUGUUCCCCUUAUCUGACAAGGGACUUCCUCCUAGUAAUGUACAAAACAUUAUAUUCGUCACCAGACCUAAGCUACACUUAAUGGAACAGAUCGCCCAAAAUUUACUGCAAGAAGAGCAUAAAGGAGGAUUUAGGAAGGAAUAUCACAUCAUUUUCGUCCCACGAAAGAGUUUGCUUUGUGAGAAAAAACUGAAGGAGAUGGGUGUUUAUGGAACACUGAAUAACCCAGAGGAAUUUAAUUUGUCUCUCAUCCCGUUUGAUUCCGACCUCAUGUCAAUGGAGAUGGAGGGAGCUUUCAAGGAGUGCUAUUUGGAAAACGACUACACCAGCAUGUUUUAUGUGGCCCAGUCAUUGAUGACAUUACAGUUUCUCUAUGGAAUCAUUCCCAACAUAAAUGGCAAGGGCGACUGUGCAAAGAAUGUGGUGGACAUGAUGUUGAGGAUGCGACGAGAAUUAGGGGGUAGGGAACCCCAGAUAACCCCCCAGAUAGACAGCCUCCUCAUCCUGGACAGAAAUGUUGACCUUUUGACCCCUCUAUUGUCACAGCUGACAUACGAUGGAUUGAUUGACGAAAUAUUUGGAAUCAACAACACUAGUGUUAAAUUGCCCCCUGAGAAGUUUGUCUCUAGCAGUCAGUCUCCAGAGGAUGCCCCCACAGAGAAGAAAAAGAUAAUUUUAAAUUCCUCUGAUGAGUUAUAUGGAGAACUACGGGACAAAAACUUCAAUGCUGUCGGAAGUUUGGUCAGCAAGAAAGCCAAAACCAUCACAGCCGAGUUUGAUGAGAGACAUGCUGCCAAAACAGUGAGCGAAAUGAAACACUUUGUUUCCAAACUCCCCCACCUUCAACAGAUCAGACAGUCACUGUCUAUACAUACUUCCAUCGCUGAGCUAAUCAAAGAACAUACCGACACAGAGGAGUUCAUGGAUUCUCUCAGAUGUCAACAAGAGUUUAUAAAUGGACUGGAGACGGACAAGGUGCAUCCCUACGUCGAGGACUGUAUUGGUAAAAUGGAACCUGUAGACAAGGUUUUGAGGUUGAUAUGUAUUCAAUCUUGUUGCAACAAUGGACUUAAAGCCAAAGUAUUAGACCACUACAAAAGAGAAGUCAUACAGACGUAUGGAUAUGAACACAUGAUCACUCUAAUGAACCUUGAGAAAGCUGGUCUUCUACGACCACAUGGACAAAGAAAUUACCCCACCAUCCGGAAAUCUCUCAGACUGAUAGUAGAUGAGGUCAAUGAACAGAACCCAAAUGAUAUAUCGUAUGUGUACAGUGGUUAUGCCCCCUUAUCUAUCAGACUAGCCCAACACCAUGCCCGCCCUGGAUGGAGGAGUAUCACAGAGGUUCUCAAUCUGUUACCGGGCCCCACCAUCGAGGAAAUUCAGCAAAUCCCUGUCGCUCUGAGAAAGAGACGUUCGUCAAUCACUUCAUCACAUUCCAGUGUAAUGGACCAGAAAGUGACAUUAGUGGUCUUUCUUGGUGGGGUGACUUUUGCUGAGAUUGCAGCACUUAGAUUUUUGGCCCAGCAGGAUGACGCUGGAUGUGAAUAUAUUGUAUUUACUACAAAAGUAAUCACUGGAGAGUCACUAGUGAAUUCCCUGAUGGAUUCCGGGACUGUCAAUGUUACUAACAAACUGCAUGUAUGGGGGCACAGACUAUGUGAUAGCCACAACUAAGAUAAUAAACGGUUCUACACUUCUUGAUUCGGUGAUGGAGAAACUUUCUCCAGUGCAGUUAAAUCCAUUCUAGAUGACAUUGUUUGUAAUGGGACCAAAUGUGCAAUAUGUGAUGUGUAGACAAAGAAAUAUAAAAUAAAUAUUGUAUAUACUGGGAUAAUUAAAUAUACAUGUAUUACAUAUGUCAAAUGUAUCCUUGAUUAUAUCAUAUCUGUGGUAUUAUUUCAGGGCUGCCACUCCUCACAAAGUUAGACUGAAUAUCUGAUCCCAAUGACAAAAUGUUACCCAUUUUCCCAAUUUUAUGAGCAAAAUUUCCCAAAUGCAUUGAUAAAUUGAAAAUAUAUUUUGCAAUGUAAACUGGCUGGGAAGGGGGAAUUGGAUUUUAAAAAGAGUCAGACAAAUAAAUAAGAAUAUGGU